GUCCUGCUCCCUGUUGGAGUAUUAUGCAGGGUGAGUCUGUGUGCUCGCUGCCGCUGUUUGUCCUCUGUGAGGGAAGAAGACCCUCCCUCACAUCGUCAGGAGGGUCUCAGAACUUUGCAGAGACACUGCCUACAGAGAUGAGCGAGAGGAUCUUCGGGGAGCUGGACACAGAGAGCCUCUGCAGCGCCUCGCAGACCUGCAGACUGUGGAACCACAUCAUCGAGCAGAGCCAGCAGCUGUGGAGGCAGCAGUGUCUGCUCGUACGGGCCGUCUGUCACAGGGAGGUGGACCGGGACCGGAGGGACGGCUUCUCCUGGAAGGUGACCCUGGUGAGGAACUACACUCGGAGCUGUGUGAAGGCAGACUGGCUGAGAGGACGGUACAGCGACGUGCAGUCAGCUGACCAGCUGCUGGGGAGGACYAUGGUGCCGCUGGACCCUGAGACGUGGGGCGAGAUCCUGCAGGCGGAGCUGGACCGGUGACUGAGUCACGCUUCAGCCUCUUCUUCACUCUUCUUCUAAGACAAGAACAAAUGUAGAUAAAAAUGUAACGAUGGAAACAAUCUGUCAAAUGUUUCAUGUAAAUAGAGCUGCAAUAAAACCUGCUUUAUAAAAACACAACAA